CGCCGGCCGCGCGCCAUGGACGAGGCACGAGUGCGUGACCGCGCGCCUCUCACAGUCAUAGUCGCCCCGAGCAACGCUUCGCCCCCCAGGCUAUCCCCAGCCGACCUUUUACCCGACGGCGAUGCGGCGUUCCACCCGCUGUCUGCCGUCAACGGGCGCCUGACCCCGCCGGGCCUCGAACCUGCCUCUUACGCGACCCUCACACCUCUACUCCCUUUGCCGCCCAUCAGCACAGUCUCCGACAAGUUCGCUUACCAUGCCGGGGGCACUUUCACUGUUAUUCAACAGCAGCAGUCCUACGCGUCGUUAUCACCAGCUCCGUACAAUGAACCUUUAUCGCCACAAUCCGCAUACAGCAGACGAAGUGCGUCGCCGAAUUCUUUCGAGAGGCGAUCGCCGACGCCGCCUUUACCUAGUCCGGGCCUGGACCUCAAUGCUGCCCUCAUGGCGAGAGAAGAGCAGCAACAACAGCAGCAGCAGCAGCAACAGCAACAAGCGCAGAACGAUACAGAAGAGAUAAACACGAAGGAGUUAGCUCAAAGGAUAAGUGGAGAGUUGAAGAGGUACUCGAUCCCUCAGGCGAUAUUCGCGCAGAGGGUGCUGUGUCGAUCACAAGGGACGCUAAGCGAUUUGUUAAGAAAUCCAAAGCCGUGGUCCAAACUAAAAUCGGGGAGGGAGACGUUCAGAAGGAUGUGGAAAUGGCUGCAGGAGCCGGAGUUCCAGAGGAUGUCUGCGCUAAGGCUCGCAGCGGCCCAGAUUCCACAGAGAGGCAGUUGCAAGCGCAAGGAGGACAUGGGUACGGAUACCAUGCCUUCCCCGAAGAAGCCCCGUUUGGUUUUCACAGACCUCCAGCGGCGUACUCUACAGGCUAUUUUUAAGGAAACAAAGAGGCCGUCGAAAGAAAUGCAAGUAACCAUAGCGAGACAAUUAGGAUUAGAACCUACAACCGUCGGUAACUUCUUCAUGAAUGCCCGAAGGCGUUCUAUGGAUAAGUGGAAAGACGACGAUGCACCGUCUGAGUUAGAUCAGCAACUAGACGCCGAUGGUCUAGACCAUGUGCCCAGUCUAGAUUCAGGUGAAUCUGAGGAGGAUCACGACGAUCAGGACGAUCAUCUCUUGUGA